AGCGGUCUCGUAUGUCGUUCAGUGCAGGGGGAGGGCGGGGCGAGUGCAGCCCCGGCCGUGUGGGUCUCGCCAGGCCACACGCAGGAGGUUGUGACCGCUUUGUGUGCGACUCCCUUACCGAAAUACUGUUAGCAACGUCCUCGUGGAAGGUAACGGCGGCCAAUCGCCUCUAGCGCUCCUCGCGGCGACGUGCAGCCGGCUCGGCCCCGCCAACAUGGGGCCCGACCAGCAGGAUAAGGAACAGCAACACUAUAGCCCACAACAACAGCAACAAGCGCAGCAACAGCAACAGCAGCAGCAACAACAGCAACAACAGCAGCAGCAGCAACAGCAACAACAGCAGCAGCAAGUGCAGCAACAACAACAGGUCCAAGCACAGCUCGUACAACAACAAGUGCAAGGCGAAACGGUUACGCUCGCUGCGAUGCAGCAACACUAUCUGCAGCAACAGCAACAACAGCCGCAACUGAGAGUCAUCAGCACGGCUGUUGUGCAACAGCUCAGAGCGCAAGGGCUGUCGGGCAACGAACUAUCGGCAGCCAUAGUGAAUGCAGCAAGCACAGUGCCUAAUGGUAUCCAGGUUCAACAACCGCAGGUGAUAUCUAUGCAACAGCUGCAAUCGUUGUUGGGUGGUGGAGUGGUGACGAGUUCGGAUGGUGCAACAUAUCAAAACACAUCGCAACCACUGUUGCAAAUACAUCCACAAUUACUGCAGCAACAAGCCGGUAGCGUAUACGGGGGUUGCCUAGUGGGGGGUGUCGGAGGGGUGGGGGGUGUGGCUCCCAUGCAAGCGGUCACCGUUGAUGGACAAGAGGCCCUGUUUAUACCUGCACAGCAUGCACAGAAUUUCUCAGGCAUGGGCCAAGUCAGUCUAGUGAACGGGCAGCUAGUUAGAACGCCGGUGUUGCCAGCCGGCUUCCUGCAGAACGUCAUGCAUUUGCCCACAGGUGGAGGAGUGGCGGUCCGCGGUGGGAUGGGUGGGAGCGUGGGCGUAGGCGGCAUGGUGCCCGUUCAGGUGCCCGUGCAAGUGCCCGUGAGCGUGGGCAACGGGCACACCGUGUACCAGACCGUACACGUGCCCGUACAUGCGCCGCACCUACAGAUUAUACCGCAGUUGCAGCAGAUGCAACAUCAACCGCAAGUCGCAAAUGUGUUGACACCCUCUGGACAAAUUCAGCAGAUACAAAUUGCUUCGCUUGGAAACGUGCAGCAAAAUGGAGGAGCACAAAAUGCAGUCAGCGCUUCACAAACGCCAGCGACUAUAACUCUACAGGCGGUUGCGAACCAAAUGCAAGCUGACUCGAGCGGCAUACAGCAGCAACCGACACAGACUAUAAUAACAAGCACGCCGAACGGACAGCAAGUGACUGUGAUACCGGCGUGCAAUAAUGUGAGGAGUGCUAACGUCGUACAGAUGCCAACACUGGGCGUGGGCGGACUGGGCGGUGCGGUACAACUGGUCCCAGCGGUGGGACUGCCCGGUGCGGUGCAGUUGGCACAGAUACCGCAGGCCCAGCCCCAGCAGCAGCAACAGGCUGUUACGAUUGGUCAACAAAUCCAACAAGACCCCAACGAACCCGGCAAGUGGCAAGUGGUCACAGUGAGUUCCGGGAACAACGGGGGCGCGGGUCAAGCGACGACCCCCGGGGGCGAGUGCGAAGCGAGCAAGCAACGGGCCAUGAGCCCGAAUGGGGGUAAACGUCUGGUCAAGCGAGUGGCUUGUACUUGCCCCAACUGUGAUCAGGGAGAAAACCGGCUAGUGGACCGCAAGAAGCAGCACGUGUGCCACAUACCGGGCUGCAACAAGGUGUACGGCAAGACCUCCCACCUGCGAGCUCACCUCCGCUGGCACUCCGGCGAGCGGCCCUUCCUCUGCAACUGGCUGUUCUGCGGCAAGAGAUUCACCCGGUCCGACGAGCUGCAGCGGCACCGGCGCACGCACACCGGCGAGAAGCGGUUCGAGUGCCCCGAGUGCAGCAAGCGCUUCAUGCGCUCCGACCACCUCGCCAAGCACGUGCGGAUACACACUAAGAACAGGAUCACGGAGGUGGCGACAUCCACACAGUCCGUAUAUUCUGACUCCGGUGAUGACAGCUGCGACGAAAAAAUGAUGCUCACCAUAGAAACCAUACAUUCGGGCAAAGAUGAUGAGAAGCUGGUGAUGAUCCGACCUGGCAAUAAGAUGGAGCCAGACCGUGUGGACAGUUAGGACUCGCCAGACUCCCAAUGAGGGAGUUAGUGUUUGUGACAGUGAAUUUUAAAUACUUGGGUAUCAGAAGUGACAAUUUUAGAGAUGAGUCCAAUAGUGUUUCAUUUGUUCAAUAAAGAAUUGGGGAAAGGAUGAUGGAAACAUAUGGCAGCUACCUACUCUUUAUAUGCAUGUGAGUUUAUUUCUGUGCCUAGACAUUAAUUAACGCACAUAUCUGUGUGCCUUAAUAAGGCGCAUGAUAAGAAGGUUGUAUAUCCUGUUAUUGGUAAGGGAUAAAUCAUGGUAUACUGUGGUAGAAGGUAACAACUUACACCAUAAUGCUUCAAUAAUUUAAUACAUGUAUCGUUUUAUUCUAUUCAGUAUGAAGGGUGAAGAAAUAGUAUAAAUUACCUUUCUCGUAAAAAAAAAUGGAGAAAACUGGUUCAAAUGCUUGGAUUGAGUUACAUUUUGCUCGGUAAUCUCUUACUUAAUUACUCUAGGUAUCUUAAAACAGUUCCAUAGUGCUAUUUAUCUUGCAGACUAUUUAGUAUUUGAUUGCAGAAGUUGAUUAUAAAACUUAUGGUUAUUCUAAAAAUAUACAGAUCUAUCCAAAACAUUUGUUAUAGUAUAGUUAUAAAGUCCACACUACUAGUGCCUUAAUAGGCUGAAUGCACAGUUCAAUAUGCAAUAUUUCAAGUUAAAUAGCAAUAGAAAGUAAUUUAAAAUUAGUAGAUAACACAUUCGAGACCAAUUAUUGUUAUAUUUAUAUAAAUAUUGAUACACAAUACCACACAUUAAUAUCAUUUCCUAAUAGUAGUGAUGCUUUAAAUAAUUUUAUGCAUAAAGUUUUAAUUUUUGUAUACAAGUUAUAAUGUCAACUGAUUUAUAAACAAAUUGUAAUUAAAAGAACCUGAUAAUAGGCCUGAAAAUAAGAAGCAAUUUAAUUCUCGAUAUAACCUCGCCAUGGAUUUUUUAAAUAGAUUUCAAUAUAAGUAAUUAUUAGGUGAGGAAGUUUUAUACAAACAAUAUAAACUAAGUAAUUAUACAACGAAACCGCCUUUAUGAUAAGUUUGUGUUUGUAAAAAUAAUAAUAAUUUCAGUAUAUUAUGUAAAAAUGUAGUUUUAAUGUUGUAUUGUCCUAAUAUUAAAUUGUGUUUUAUUAAAUCAUUAUAAU